AUGGCUGGGAAGCAUGGAGAAGUCAUGUGGCCAAGAUUGGUUGCUAAUAAGAUUUUGAAGAAAAGAAUGGGAAGCAACAACUUUGUGGCAGAUAUUCCAACCAAUUAUAAUUCAGAAGCUUUGCUUGAGAUUCCACUCUUUGGUCAAUCUUCUUCUGUCCCAAAUGCCUUCUAUAAACCUCCCAUCCAAAAUUACAAGGUUUUUGUUAGUACAUGGAAUGUUGGAGGAGUUGCACCAAAUGAAGAUUUGGACAUGGAGGAUUGGGUGGACAUUUCUUGUGACAUCUAUGUUUUUGGUUUCCAAGAAAUUGUGCCAUUGAAGGCUUCGAAUGUGUUUGGAUCAGAGAAUAGAAAAAUAUGUUCAGAAUGGAAUUCAAUGAUAAGAGAAGCUUUAAAGAAGAAAGUGAAACAAAAUUUCAAGUGUAUAAUAAGCAAGCAAAUGGUUGGAAUAAUGAUCUCGAUUUGGGUACGAAGUGAUCUUCAUCCAUUUAUUCGAAGCCCAAGUGUAUCUUGCAUUGGUUGUGGCAUUAUGAGCUGCCUUGGCAACAAGGGAUCAGUAUCAGUUAGAUUUCGAUUGCAUGAAACAAGCUUCUGUUUUGUGUGCACUCAUUUGGCAUCGGGAGGAAAAGAAGGAGAUGAAAAGAACAGAAAUCAAAAUAUUUCUGACAUUUUAUGUCGGACUUCUUUUCCAAAAGGCCCUUCUCUUGAUUUACCCAAAAAAAUCCUCCAACAUGAGCGAGUGGUAUUGCUUGGGGACUUGAAUUAUAGAGUUUCUCUACCAGAAGCAACUACAAGAUUGUUGGUUGAAAGAAAAGAUUGGGACACUUUAUUACAAAAUGAUCAGCUAAAGAUGGAGAUGAUGGAUGGUCAAGUAUUGGAAGGAUGGAAAGAAGGGAACAUCAAAUUUGGACCAACUUACAAAUAUUAUAGAAAUUCAGAGAUUUAUUAUGGAGGUUUACAUGGCCUUAAAGCUGAAAAAAGGAGAGCUCCUGCAUGGUGUGAUCGAAUUAUAUGGAAUGGAAAAGGGCUAAAACAAGUAUCAUACAAUCGAGGGGAAUCAAAUCUAUCAGAUCAUAGACCUGUAAUGGCCAUUUUUAUAGCAGAAGUUGACAUUUCAACAAACCUAAAAACUAUGCGUAGUUACUUUUUAUCAAAUAGAUUUGAACAGCUAAAUAAUUCUAAUACUCCAUUUGUGGAGAACGAGGACGAGGACGAAAACGAACACGAGGAGAUAUUUUCGACUGUUAAUUUCGUAUGUAAGAACAAAUCAACCUUUCAAGACCACCUUAAAUGA